GGGUGUGCGGCAGUUCGACCUGAGCAAAGUACAAGUCAAUUUGUUUCAAGCAACAGUGCCAACACAGAAAAUUUAAGCAGUACAAGUAGGCCAAGGUUGAUUGAAAAUGAGGACGGCUUCCUGGAGCUGUGCUGCUUGCAAGGGCUAGGAUUCUGGAGAGGUUGAGAGGGGUGCCUCUUUCUGCAAACAGGUCUGAUGAUGGAUCCAUUUUUCUUCUCUGACUCCACUUUUAGAUGGACCUCUAUGUGUAAAAACUGGGUUAUAGUGACCCAUUUAACUCAUUGAAGAUAUUGCAUUGCGGACAUGUCACAUUACAAAACUGGCAAGAUUGGUCUGAGAUGGAGGGCAGAGAAGGAAGUCAUAUCUGGGAAAGGGCAGUUCAUAUGUGGUAACAAACACUGUGAUGAAAAAGAUGACUUGGCUAGCUAUGAGGCAAGUGUUUUAGUAACAUCAUUGAUCUCUAUAGCAUUUUAUGGUUAUUCUGAAGCUGGAGAAAACAAACAAGCACUUGUGAAAUUGGUAACUUGUGAGAGAUGUGCGGAUAAGCUUCAUUACAAAAGGCAGAAAGAGAAGGAGCAAUCAGAAAAAGGAGAACGGGAAGAAAACAAAAGAAAGAGGAAUCAGUCAAGGAGUAUUGAUGAAACAGAUAAUGACUGCGAAGAGAGCAUGGAGAGAAGAAAAAGUCUGAACAUUCCUCUGGAAAAAAAGGCUUCAAUUUCAACUGAUGAUCAUAAAGUUGAUGAUAACUUUGAUGAGUUUCUAAAGGGGAUGUUUCCAUGACCGACUGCUGCCAUAUUUAGAUGGAUAGUUGCUUGCCAACAUUGACAACAUGAUAGCAAAAUGCUGAAGUUCCAAAAUAGAAUGAACCUUGGUGUUUCAUAGUUCCAAACAUUUCUUUACCCUUUAAAUUCCAUUAAACCGUUAUCUGUGUAUCCAUUAGGAACAGAAAUUAACAUGUAACCUAGGGAAGCAAAUAGAAUGUAUAAAACCGAAGAAGAAGCCACCUGGUCUCAGUCAGGAGGCUCUAGAUUGUUUGCACCAGGAGGUUUUCAGCAGCAAGGUUGAAGUGGUGGAAUCAAGAGCUUCACAGGAUUGUAGUAUAUGUCUGGAGACAUUUGUGGAGGGAGAUGCGCUUAUACGCUUGCCAUGUUCCCAUAGCUUCCACUCUGCCUGCUUGGAUCACUGGCUUCGAACUUGUGGUGACUGCCCAUAUUGUAGAACCAUAACUAUAGUAACAAGUCACAACAAAGCGUCAAAGGGUUAGAUUUUUUUUUAAUUUUUACUAGAAAUGUUUUUGUAAUCUGGGUUUUCCUACACGUGUGAAAGUUAUGGCACUGACCAAAUUAUUUUUUUUAAUUUGUAAUUGUGUGCAUAUGUAAUUAUUGUAUCUCCUGCUCUGUUGUACACCCACGAGAAAAUCUGGUCUCAUUGUAUUUCUUGACUGCUAUUUUGAAAUUUGAAUGUGUUUUCUGUGUUUUACUGUUUUA